AUGGUGAGUGAGUGGGGCCGCGCGCCUCGUCCCGGAGGGCGGCGGACGUUGGGGCCGGGGUGUGCGGGCGCAGGGCCGGGGCACCGGCGGGUAAACCGGGCGCGGGGGCGUGUCGGCGCUGCAGCCGGGGCCCAACGCUCUCCCCCACCCCGUGAGCCGCUCGCCGAGGGACCCCGCGAAACCCGGCGCCUGGGCACAAAGGCGGAGACUUGUGUGCUGCUGAACUCGCAGGGAGCCCGCCGGUCCUGGGCGGGCAGUGAUCCCAGCCCUGAAGGAGCUGAGGAGCAGCUGAAGGCCUUUGAUAAUGAAGUCAAUGCUUUCUUGGACAACAUGUUUGGACCACGAGACUCUCGAGUUCGAGGGUGGUUCCUGCUGGACUCCUACCUUCCCACCUUCAUCCUCACCCUCCUGUAUCUGCUCUCGAUAUGGCUGGGCAACAAGUACAUGAAGAACAGGCCUGCUCUGUCCCUCAGGGGGAUCCUCACCUUGUACAACCUCGGAAUCACACUCCUUUCUGCAUAUAUGCUGGUGGAGCUCAUCCUCUCCAGCUGGGAAGGAGGCUACAACCUGCAGUGUCAGAAUCUCGACAGCGCAGGAGAAGGUGACGUCCGGGUAGCCAAGGUCUUGUGGUGGUACUACUUCUCCAAACUAGUGGAGUUCCUGGACACGAUCUUCUUUGUUCUUCGAAAAAAGACCAAUCAGAUCACCUUCCUUCAUGUCUAUCACCACGCGUCCAUGUUUAACAUCUGGUGGUGUGUUUUGAACUGGAUACCUUGUGGUCAAAGCUUCUUUGGACCCACCCUGAACAGUUUCAUCCACAUCCUUAUGUACUCCUACUACGGCCUGUCCGUGUUCCCGUCCAUGCACAAGUACCUCUGGUGGAAGAAGUACCUCACGCAGGCUCAGCUGGUGCAGUUCGUACUCACCAUCACACACACCCUGAGUGCCGUGGUGAAGCCCUGCGGGUUCCCCUUUGGCUGUCUCAUCUUCCAGUCUUCCUAUAUGAUGACACUGGUCAUCCUCUUCUUAAACUUCUAUAUUCAGACAUACCGAAAAAAGCCAGCGAAGAAAGAGCUGCAGGAGCAGCCUGCAGGGAAAGAAGUGAAGAAUGGUUUCCCCAAAGCCCGCUUCAUGGCUAACGGCAUGAUGGACAAGAAGGCGCAAUAAACUCAAGUGCCGGAAGCAGGAACUGAGGCGGCACAGGACAGAUGAGCUUGUUU